AUGAACCUUUUCCGUGGCCGUGCGGUCACCGAUCAGAUAUUCCCAUACCCAUUGAAACUGGACGACGAUCAACGCGAAACACUUCACAUGAUUCUUGGACCCACGGAGAAGUUCCUCGAAGAAGUCAAUGAUCCUGUCAAGAACGAUGAGACAUCGGACAUUCCCAAAGAAGUAUUAGAUAAGUUCGGUGAGCUUGGAGGAUUUGGUAUUCUCGUACCAGAAGAGUACGGUGGUGCCGGCAUGUGCAACAGCCAAAUGGCAAGACUCGCCGAGACCAUUGGCGCUCACGAUCUAGGGUUCGGUAUCGUCAUGGGGGCUCAUCAGUCCAUCGGCUACAAAGGCAUUCUCCUCUUUGGUACUGAAGAACAAAAACAGAAAUAUCUACCAGAUUUGGCGGCAGGAAAGAAAUUUGCAGCUUUCUGCCUCACAGAACCGAGCAGUGGAUCUGAUGCUAAUUCCAUCAAAACGCGUGCCGAAAAGUCACCCGAUGGAAAGCAUUACAUUCUGAACGGUGGAAAAAUUUGGAUCAGUAAUGGUGGUUUCGCAGAUGUUUUUACCGUAUUUGCACAGACGCCAGUGAAGCAGCCCGAUGGCACUACGAAGGACAAAGUGUCAGCUUUCAUAGUCGAACGAGCUUUUGGUGGUGUCACUAGUGGUCCACAGGAAAAGAAAAUGGGCAUCAAAGGAUCGAACACUGCUGAAGUUCACUUCGACAAUGUCAAGGUCCCCGUCGAAAACCUUCUCGGGGUUGAAGGUGAAGGAUUUAAAGUGGCCAUGAAUAUUCUGAACAAUGGUCGCUUCGGUAUUCCUGCCUCAUGUACAGGAUCCAUGAAAUACUGUAUCCAGAAAACGGUCGAUCACAUAACGAGUCGAGUGCAGUUCGGACAGACUCUUCAGGAGUUCUUCAACGUUCAGGAGAAGCUCACAAAUAUGGUCGCUCGUCAUUAUGCUACCGAAUCGAUUGUCUAUCUUCUUGCAGCGAAUAUGGAUCGUGGAAUUCAGGACUAUCAACUGGAAGCGGCUAUUGGAAAAGUCGCCGCAUCGGAAAAUGCCUGGUAUGUAUGCGAUGAGGCGAUUCAGUUGCAUGGAGGAAUGGGAUUCAUGAAAGACUGCGGUCUGGAACGGGUCAUGAGGGACUUGCGAAUCUUCAGAAUCUUCGAAGGAGCCAAUGACGUCAUGCGGCUAUUUGUGGCUCUUACCGGAGCACAACAUGCUGGAAGGCAUCUACAGCAGGUGGCUAAAGAAAUCAAGUCCGGCGGCUUCGGAACUCUCUUCGGACAGGUCGUGAAGCGAGCGACUGGUGGCAGCACCGGAGCGGAUUUCGCCGCCGUGGUAGACCCUGCUCUAACCGAUUCGGCUAAGAAGUUGGACAGCUGUAUCAAUGAGUUCGGCAAAACAGUUGAGAAGCUUCUUAUGAAGUACAAGAAGGGCAUUGUGGACCGGCAAUACGAGCUGAUCCGUGUAGCAGACGCGGCAAUCGAUAUCUACAGUAUGAUAGCAACACUUUCCAGAAUUCGAAGAAGCCGAUAUUUUCAGGUGCACUCACUCAUGCAAAAAAACAAUGCAGCCAGCGCUUCACAUGAAAGGGAUAUUGCGAACUAUAUCUGCAGCACUGCAUCCCGACGCACGAUGGACAACCUCAAACAAGCGGCUAAUGGCAACGAAUACGACGUGAAUCUGAUCACAUCGAUCGCUACUGCAGUGUGCAACAAUGGUGGUUUACCCCAACAGCAUCCGAUUGAUGUUUGA